UAAGAGACAGGGCGAAGCUGGAAGGCCCUGUGGCCAUCUCUUCCGCCGAGGGAUGCGGGGUCUGUGGGGAGUGAGUCAUUAUCAUCAUCAACACCGCCGCCCUGUUCCUUCAGCCGCGAAGACUGAGGCAGCCAGAGGAGUUUUGACGGCGGGUGAGGCCCGAUUGAAUCGCGCAUGCGGCUGGGCAGGGCUUCCCUCGGCUGGCUUGCCUCAGCCGCGGCGCUUGUUGUGGGUUAAAUUAGGUUAGAGCGCCAGGCGGCCUGGACUUCUCUGCUGCCGUCUGGCCGGCGAUGGGCUUAGACUGGAGCAGCCCGGAAGAACGGGAGCCCCUCUUGCCACAGCCGUCGCCCGCUUUCCCCUCGCAGCCUCACUAUCACCAGCAUGCCCAGCUCCGGAGGCCGGCGGCAGCGGCGGCGGGCGCGUCUCGAGUCGUGCCCCGCGGCCGAGCACUGCCACCGGCGGGGCCCCCUCGCAUGGCCCCGGUGCCGGGCCGCGUCUACGGACGGCGGUGGCUGGUGCUGCUGCUCUUCUCGCUGCUCAGCUUCGCGCAGGGCCUGGUGUGGAACACUUGGGGCCCCAUCCAGAGCUCGGCCCGCCAGGCCUUCGCCUUCUCCAGCAUGGACAUUGCGCUGCUCGUCUUCUGGGGGCCCAUCGGCUUCGUGCCCUGCUUCGCCUUUAUGUGGCUCAUGGACAAGAAGGGCCUGAGAGUAACUGUGUUAUUAACGUCAUCCCUCAUGGUGUUAGGAGCUGGUCUGAGAUGUAUACCUGUGACAGACCAAACAACAAGGAAAUGGAUGAUUCAUGGCGGGCAGCUGUUGAAUGGAUUGGCAGGCCCAACUGUAACAAGUGCUGCUCCAUUCCUCUCCACAACAUGGUUUUCCCCAGAUGAGCGUGCCACUGCUACAGCUAUAGCAUCAUUGAUCAGUUACCUUGGUGGAGCCUGUGCAUUCUUAGUAGGACCACUGGUGGUUCCAGGGCCGAAUGGGUCAUCAGCACUUCCACUUGCAUCUGGGAGCAGCCCUGAGUAUAUCAAGGACCGCAUUGAGGCUGUGCUGUAUGCAGAAUUUGGCAUUGUGGCUUUGAUAUUCUCUGCAGCACUAGCCUACUUCCCGUCCCGUCCUCCGUUUCCUCCUAGUGUCGCUGCAGCUAGUCAGAGGCUCAGCUACAGAAGAAGUUUUUGUAGGUUAUUAAGCAAUUCCAGGUUCCUUAUGAUUGCUCUAGCUUAUGCUAUACCAUUGGGUGUUUUCUCUGGUUGGUCUGGAGUUCUUGAUUGGAUAUUAACCCCAGUUCAUGUGAGCCAGGUGGAUGCAGGUUGGAUUGGUUUCUGGUCCAUUGUAGGAGGCUGUGUUGUUGGCAUAGCUCUAGCAAGGUUUGCAGAUUUCAUCAGAGGAAUGCUAAAACUUAUACUUAUCCUGUUACUGUCUGGAGCAACUCUAGCAGCCAUCUGUGUAACAUGUGUAACUACCAUCAUUCACUUGCCUUUAACUACAGCUGCAUUAUACACAUCCUGUGUUUUGCUGGGGGUCUUCUUGAACAGCAGUGUACCUAUAUUCUUUGAACUUUUUGUGGAAACAGUCUACCCUGUUCCAGAAGGGAUCACCUGUGGCGUAGUCACUUUUCUAAGCAACAUCUUCAUGGGAGUCCUUUUGUUUUUUCUUACUUUCUACCAUGAAGAAUUCUCCUGGUUUAACUGGUGUCUCCCAGGAUCCUGUCUACUAAGUCUUCUUCUUAUCCUGUGCUUCAGGGAAUCCUAUGAUAGACUUUAUCUUGAUGUUGUCGUCUCAGUUUGAUAGCACAAAACAUAGCAGCUCAAGAAGAGGAUGGAAUUCAGAAUGGUGUUCAGCACAUUUUCUUGGAAAUUGCACAGCCGAAAGAAUACGUCAAGCAAACUAAAAAUUUUAACGUGGAUGUUUUAACUGAGUUAUGAAAGAGGGGCUUUUAAAAAAACUAUAAUCCCUGAUUUGGUAUUUUAUCAUCUAGAUAACUGUGAGUGUUGUACUUGAAUGGGAAUUAGAUUUUUUUUUAAGUAAACACAGUGUGUGUUAGGGAGGAGCUCUAAUUUAAGAACUGAUAUUUUAUUUAAUAAGCUAUUUAACAGUGUACACUUUUGGUGCCACUUCAAACUACUAUAUACCAAGAAUAAAAUAUUCUCAUUCAGGGAUGGAAUCUCCACUCUGCCAAAAACACCUUUUUUGUAACCCAGAAAACUGAAUUAGAAUUCCAAUGAUUCCAUAUUUCUUUUAUUUUUUUAUUUUUUUAUUAUGUUUAUUUCUCAUGGUGGCAGGAAAUUAGUUGUGGCAAAGUGAUAGCAAAGACUUGUUGAGCAGGUUUUUCCCUUUUUCUUCUAAUUAUAAGUAAUCUACCAUCUUUCCAAAAUAGACAUGAAUAACCCUUGUAAAAAAUCACAUUUUACAACAGGUAAUUAAAUGUCCACAGAUAUGUCCUACUAUAUCCCUUGCACACUACAUCUAUUUUCUAAUGAAGAGAUUUCUGAUGUGUUAUGUUUGGUUCUUAGCCAUAGUAAAUAUCCAUUGGAUAAAAGUGCUUUCAGUUUUUUUCACUACUUGACACUGAAGGAAAUAGUAAUUUUAACCAUAUACUAAAUUGGUGCUAUAAGAUUUAUUAUAUCAAUUCUCUGUCAUAGUUUAGAAAGUAAAGAUGACAUCUCGGCUAGCAGGGUAUGGUAACUCCUGAUAGGUGUCAAUGUUGUUACAGGUCAUUAGUAUACUUUUGUUUCUAUCUUCCCUCUUCGAGGAAUUCCCUAGUUUACCUCUUCCAACAGGUUGUAGCUUCACCAAAGCUGCUUAAUCAAGGUUAAUAUAUAUUGUAGCUCACACCUGUUUUCAGAUUAGUUUACAAUGGAAGAGUACCUCGCCUCUUUUUUAUUUAAUAGCUGUUUCACUAACAGUGGCAUUUUUCAGGAGUUUGUGUGGCAAAAUGAUAAAUCAAGGGAAAGUUCUAAGUGACACUAACAGAGCCACUUGCACUGGCCUUGUGCUGAGGGGCUUCUUCGUUUUGCUCUUUAAUUUGUCUUUACUGUCUCACGUUCUCAUUCUUAACAAAUGUAAAGCAAGUAGUAUUUUGCCAAAUGCGGAAUAUGUUUAUCGUUGUGGUAUGCUCAAAUUGUCAUCUAAGACUUACUAAACUGCAGCAAGAAUAGUUCUUUGUCACCUUAAUUAGCUUUCUUAUAACUCUGAGACUGAUUAUGCUUCUUUACCAUCUUUGUUUGCUCAAUUGGUAUGUGUUUGGGGGGGAAAUUACACAUACAUAUAUUUUUGUUAGCCUUUCCUUCUGCAUGGCAUAUUCCUGCUGUAAAAUUGUGAGGGUCCCCCUCAAUGGGUACUUCCUCUCGUCGCUGCGCCGUGGCGCCCUCGCAGGUCUGGUGGGUCCAUUACCCCAGGCCACCUUGCUAUGGCUGGCUUGGGGCCGCUGGCUGGCCAUGCCUGGUGGGGGGUUGCCUCUCUUGGCCUCAGAGGGGGUUGGCGGGCAGAGGGCAGGCCUCUGACAUUUCCAGUCCCUUAGGAGCACCGGCCCUUACUGCAGGACCGGCCUUCCCUUUCUCUCCUCCCCGGCCAGAGGUCUUCCACCCCCUUUUAUCCCCAUCGUCCCUCUUCUUCUGCCCUCCCACCCUAGGUCCCUCCCCCCAGGCCAAUCCCACCCAUCACCCGGGCCACCGCAGGCCACACCAGCCCUCCCCCGCCCCAGGCCCUGGUAGGGCUGGGUGCAUCCCUCCCCUCUUCCCUGUUGGCUCCGGCCGGGGCAGGGCAAGGCACUGGCCCCUCAGGCUCUGGCCGGUGCCAGGUGCGCUGGGGCAGUGCCUCUUGUGGUGUUCCUCCAGCCGUUGGCAGGAGCGGGGCCUGCGCUUGACCGAGCUUCAGCUGGCUCCUGGCCCCUCCCCAUGGCCCACCGCUCUCCCAGGCCGCGGCGACGUUGUGCGGCCGCAAGGGCCUCACGCCGGUGGCGGGGCGGGCUUUCCGGCUCUGAGCACCACUGGGGCUUCCCCCAGGCCGGCUGGCAUACCCUCUCCCUCCUUCGGCUCUGGCACCACCAGACAUCAGGCUGUUUCCCCUCCUGCUGCCCAUCCUCGGGCCACCCGGCUCUGGGCUCCGCGCUGCCGUGCUUGGCUCCGGCGGCAGCCGUCCCGGGCCUGGCCGUGGCUCCCCCGGCUGUGCCUGCCCCGGCUCUGCUGGGAUGGUGGUAAGUCGGGCCCUGGAGUGGGUAGGCCGGGGCGGGAGGCUGAGCCAUCCCUGGACAAAAAUAUAUAAAGAGGACGUUCUGGUGACAGAUUGGUGACAUUAUCCCUUAGCAAAGCAGUCUCUUCAGGAAAUGAAAUUGCUCAGUCAAGUUGUAUAAGCUAUAGAAUUAAUAUAGUUACGCUGCCAUGUAAUACUCUGCUUCAGUGAGAACUCUGAAUUGGAUGUAUUUCACUCCAGCAAGAGGUUCUAAUCUGCCACUCUUUGAUUCAUUUGGCCACUGUAACUCAGAAGUUAAAUGAUAUCCCACUGUCACAUGGCACUUUUUAGUUUUUGACUUGUCCAGCUAUAGUUAUUCUAUAGAUUGGGAGAAUACAACUUUAAUGUUAACUCAGAUUUACAAUUGUGAGUUAAAAGGGAAUUAUUGCUGUAAUUUUACAGAGUCUAGUCUUCGUUUUCAUCAUUGCUGCUUUUUUUGUAUACCAUAGUGGGCAGUGAUCUGGGAGGUGACAGUUUAUGAAAGAUUAAAUCUUUCCCCUCAGACAUACUAUCCCAACAAAGCAAAUGUUCUUAGUUUAUGUUGGAGUAUAAAGUAACCCUGUUUUUUGAUGAAACCUUUAAAGAGUCUGGUCCUGUGACCUUUUCAAUGUACUGCAGAAAGCAGAAAAAGGUGUUCAGCCCGUGCAGAUCUGCAACUGCCAACGAGGGCAAAGACAUGAACCAUCUGAAAACUAUAGACUGGACGAUUUCCCUUCUCUUGGCAGACAAGACCUUUUUUUAUUUGUGUCCAUCGGGGGCUUGCUAGUUCUUGCUGCACAACUCUCCACUUAGGCUGCAGGGCAACAGAUUGUUCACAAAAGUAUUCCUUCAGAUCGCUGCAGUUUCGUAGAGCUGUUUUUUUAUGAAAACAACUAAAGUUACUGUGAAACAGAGGAGGUUUGCUUGAUAGCAAUUCAUGAAUUUGGACUGGCGGUUUUAUUCAUGGAAGGGCAGGAUAUAAAUGAUCUAAUAUUUUAAGGAGCAAAAUGAAAUGUUCUGCCAUUUCAUAAAUGCAUGGUUACUCUGGUGGUGGUUUUCCUACUGAAUGCGUCCUUUUGAAAAGUGUUGAUGAGAAGCAGAUAAUGUUUUAUCGUGCACAGACUCCCUUGACAGCUGUCAUAUUACUUAUGCUACAGCAGCUUAAGUUGGUCCAUUUGAUCCAGUUUGAAGCUUAAUCUUUAUAGAAAGUUUCCCUGUUAGCAUUCAUUGUCUUCAUCAAGGCAUUUGUCACUGUUGAGAUUUUAAUGGGGGAAAAGCUCUUCUACUACUACAAUGUAGGGUCUUUAUGUACUUUUAAUACAUUAAUAAUCAAUAGCCCCAGAGCUGUGAGAAAUUCAGGUUAUUAAUCAGCAGCUGACGGUUCAUGGCAGUUUUAUUCUUGUAUUCCUAAUAUUUGACUAGUGCCCCUGUAAUUUGUAUUGAAUAACAGUGAUCACGUAUCUGACCUUAAUUGCAGCCACAAGGUAUAAUCAGUUAUGGACAGUCACCAAUUGAAAAUCAGAUAUCAAGUAAAAAUAUAAAUGGAUUCCAAGAAAGAGAAGCCUCUUUUCAUUUUAGUUUUAAAUUUCACUUUUUAAAAGGUAUCCAAAAUGAUAACAGCUAACCCUGUUAUGGCCUCAUGAUGGUUGCCACUUUCAGAUCUAUUGUAUGUAUAGCCACAAUCUGGAAAAUGCUAUCACUAAGGUUUUUUCAGCUGGCUUUCAAUCCAAAUGUCUUACCUAAAAAAGGUAACUUUUCCAUGAAAAUACAUGGCUCUGGUCCUGUAUGCAGUGGAGCCAUGCUGGUACUAUCCAGGGCCAGUUUUUUUCAUGUACUCUUAGUGAAUAUCUAUCCAUCCAUUGUUAAUGGAUGGUGAAUACAAAGGGUUGAUGAUAUUGAUGAUGAUCUAUGAUGAUCUAAAGGAGCAUUAUGAAAUUUAUCUGUUACUGUUAUCAAGAUUCUUCUGGUUUAUUGUUUUAAUUUAGGCAUUUAUGCCAUAAUCCAUAAUUAAGCAUUUUAUGCUUCAAUAAUUUCAGUUAAAAUACAUGCUUAAAUCCUUCUUAUUGAAAUCAGUGGUGUUUAAAAAGUACUCUGAAUUGUCCAAAAGUUAUGUUAAAAUAUAAAGUUGGAAUUAGCCAUUAAGCAUGCUCGAUUACUGCAUCCUUUUUCUACAUAACAAGGGAAUAAAUGCCAUAGAGUUCCACAAAACUCGUCUUUGCUUUAAAAAAAAUGUCUUGUAGAUUCUGUCAGAGAUUGAGAGAGGCUAAGUGAGAUGGAAUACAAAAAGUGGGGUGUAGUGGUUAAUGUGUUGGACUAGGAUCAGGAGACCCCAGUUCAAAUGCCCACUGCAUCGUUGAAGUUUGCUGGGCCCAAGGUUAUUGUGAACAUAAAAUGGAGAUGAGGAGAAUGUUUUAAGCCCCUUGGGCCCCCCAUUGAGGAGAAAAGUGGGGUAUAAAUGAAAUAAGUAAAUAAAUAAGCUGAUACUGUCACCAUUAAGUUACAAAGUUAGUGAGGCUUUACAGGAUUAACUUUAUUUUAUUUUAGUACUCCAGGAUUACACAAAUCAUCUACUGCCUGUAUUUUAUAUAGUGCCGGCAUGCCUAUUUUAAGAAUAUGUGGUAAGUUUGACACCAUCACAGAAUAUCUGUUGUGACUGACAUAACCCAAAGACCUGUGUUGUUGUUAUUUCCCACUCAUUUAGACUUCAUUAAGAUACAACCAAUCUCCUGCGUGGUUUUUCUCUAAAAAGGGAAGUAUUGAUACAUAUUUAGAGGAAUUAAUUAAACCUGUUGGUUCAAAACCACCUGUAAAGGCUUUGGCAGCAACAAUGUUGAUUUGAUCAGUAACUUGCUUUGUUUACAUUGGAUAAUAUUUUUAGCUUCCAAAGCUAUUGGGACAGCAAAAGGUUUAGGGAAAGGGUUUUUUUGUGUGUGUAUGAUCAGAUCUGUUUAUUAAUCUCUGUAGUCAUUUCCCAACAUUACAUUAAUGUUACACUGAAAGCGACUGGGUGUACACAGUAGGAGUAUAUGAAUGGCAAUGUAAUGGUGAAUGAAGCUCACAACCAUGAAGUUCUCUUGUGCAGAUCUUCCUGAAAUGUGCAUGAAUUUCUGCCAGUCGGAUCUUUCCAUUGCACCUUAACCCGCUUCUCACCUGCACAGUUCCCAAGAGUCCCAGCUAAAGGCAAUGGGUAAAAGAACUGCAGUUUAAAGGGGGAGAAAGCAAAGAUCCCUUUGGAUCCAAAAUAACAAAUUCUUGCAGCUACAAAAAAAGAGUAAGCAUUCAUUUUGCAUAUUUAUGUCAUUUUCAACAAUUUGCGCAUUUUCUUCUGUUAUCUUGGGAGGGGCAAGGAGCUGUGAAGGGCUUGGAAGCCCUAUGCUCUGACUACUGGAGAGUAUCCUUAGUCAUUCUGUAGCUUCGGAGAUUUCUGCAGGUGUUUCCUCACUCACUUCGGAACAUAUCUUCACACCCACAAAGUCUAUAAAGCUUAUGGAGUUUUUUAAAAGAAAGAAAAAGUAGUAUUUAGGAAAUUCUGAGGCCAGCACCCCAUUGUGUGGUUUUUCUGUUCUCUGUAGAACUGGAGCAAACAUAAGACCAGACACUUGGUUCUGCACCUUCAGCAGAAGAAUCCUUUAGCAUUUGCACAUUUUUCUUCAGUACAAUGAGAGCUAGUUUCGGGAAGGCAAAUUACAUGACAGAUUGCAGAUUGAAAUACAAAGAACCCUGAAGGGUGGGAUAUAUGAUGUAAGCAGUCUACCUAAUAUGCAAGAAUGUGUAUAUGCAAAUACAAAAGUUUCCAAAUGCAAAUUGGAAUGUUUCAUUUCAGCUCCCUCCUUAAGCUUAAUUUUCCGUUUCUUCAGAGAGCCUAGAGCUCCUUGCUGUGAAAUAUCAGACUUCAUUAAACUGCCUAUCCCUUCUCUUUUUAAAUGAUGCCAAAGCCUUUAGUAAACCAUGUUCCAUUAUUGAUGCUUGUACUUGCUCUGCCCUGAGCUAUGAUGGAUGGUCAAAAAAUUUCCCAUCCAUAUUAUUCUGUAAAAUACCAGCAAACCUUUUGCCUCCUCUUAGGUUGAUUCUGCUUUGGAUAAUGUAAAUGGCCAAACUUCCUUCAAUGCCAUAGCAUUUAACUCUCCUAAAUUUUCCAACCACUGUUGUCUCAAUUCUGCCAUUUUCUUGGGGACAGUUAUGCAAAUAUUUGCUUUGCACAUUUUAUCUGCAGUUUUCCAAAAUGUGUUCUGAAGAAAGAUGUGUUAUAUAAUAGAAAACUUCAAUUUUAACCACAUUACAGGAUUUACCUUGGCCUGCUGGGGUCAACAUGUUAAUUUUUUUUAAAAGGGGGCUUUGGUUUGGGUAUACGAGUUUCUUGUAAAUUAGUUCUAAAAUUGUAAAAAAAAAAACCCCAAAAACCCCAAAUAACCCAGUUCAAUUUCAUUAGGAUUUGUAAGCAUUUUACUUUUUGUAAUUUUGUAAAAAAAAAAAAAAAGAUUUUUAUUUUAGGGCAAGUUCUACUUUUGUAUAUAAUAUGCUGGCAUGGGGCACAAUCCAUAAUAAGCGUAUCCUGCGAAUCCCUCAUGAAGUGAAUUACUUGUGGAUAUUUUUAAGUUGUGCAGGACUUGUUUCUCUUGGAUUUUGCCUAGAAUGUCUUUUUAUUUUUUAAUAAAACUUAUUUAAACACUGUCUAAUGCACCUAAACAUGUAAACAUCUCUUUGGAGUUCUGUGGAAACUGGAAUCUUGCUGUGUAAGUUGCAUGUUAACUUGUGUAAUAUUUGGCACACAUUAAAACAGGUUAAUCAUA